GUUCACCCAAUGGAUGUUCAAAUGGCAGCAUUUCACUGCUCAGACAGCUUCCUUAAACAGAAAAUGAUCACAAAGUUGUCACAGUGUCAGUAUGCCUUACCACUGCUUGUUCCUGAUCCUCUCACAUCAAAUAUUGAGUGUCCUUUGUGGACAUUCAGACAAUUAACAAAAACAUGGAAAAUAAGCACAAUCAAAGAAAACACAACCACCGUCACCAUGAAGAGCAUGCCAAUCUACAAAGCUCAGACUCCCAUGGUUUCAUUUUUUCGACUGGGCUCCAUGUCUUUGUCCAAAUCUCAGCUGAUGAAUGCCUUGAUCAACGACCGCCACGACACAUUCUUCCACAGAAACUGUAAAGGCAGCACCAAAUCUCGUCAUAUGAUGGAUGGGGUGGCAGAGAUUGCCUGGUACUAUCCUGCUGGAAAACCCAAUGAUUUCUUUACUGACUGCAUUGCCUUCUGUAAUCUUCAUGGGGAUUCUCUAGAAAAUGGAAAACAGCGUGAAAUCCUGACUGAAAUGUCUUCAGUCA